AUGGAAUCAAUCGACCUCGAAAUCCAGCUUGAGCCGAUUAAUUCGUCGCUAUCUCGUCUGCGAGAGGACUUCAACCUAUUCACAACCGAUGUGCGCAGUAAUCUCGAGAAUCUCGGUGCCCUUUUUCACCGAAUCGAAUAUCUCUGCAAUAACAUUCAGUCGGCUGUCAAUAUUCUGCUUGAACGCUCCACACCUCGGUCAAAUUGCACCUUUUGCCCCAUCGAAGAUAACAAAGAUAAUCACCCUACUGGUCGUUGCCACAAAUACCCCAACCCUGUAGCAAGAGCAAUUCGAGCUUCUGCCUUGCGACUCUGCCACAAGUGUCUUCAGCCCAUACAUCAGGAAGAUUGUGGCACAUCAUGUGCCUCUUGUGGAAAUGACCACAAUACUCUGCUUUGUCCUAACAAGCCCCAGCACGGUCCACCACGCAAACGCAAAUUUUAA